UUUUCAAUCAAUUGAGCGUUGACACCUUUUAAAUCAUUCAGGUGUUCAAGUAGAUCCUUAACAUGCGUGUAAUGUGUUUACUAGUGUAUAUCUAUUUGAUUUGUUCCAACAUGACAUAACCUGUUUCGGUUAAAUGUAAAAAAAAAUCGCUACAAACAACAUUUAUGCAUAAAUUACUAUUAUUAUUAAAAGUUUUGAAUUUUGCUUCGUGCAAACUAAAUAUACACGGAUGUGUCCACUGCAGAUGAUAUUUUGUCGAUAGUUAUGCUGGCUUUGUCAGUCAAGAUCAAUCAGUCAAUAUGCCUAAAGAAAAAUCAAUUUUUUUCUAGCGUGAUACGUCAAUAUUUAAAUGUGGUAAUAAAUUUCUCUACUAAACCAAGUGAUACAAUGAAAGUUUUAAAUGUGGCUGAGAAAAAUGAUGCCGCUAAAAAUAUUGCAGCACACUUGUCAAGGGGUACUUCCCGAAGAAGAGAGGGUUUAUCGAAAUUCAACAAGAUUUACGAAUUUAAUGCUUGUGUCUGGAAUCAAAACUGUCAGAUGAUCAUGACUUCUGUUUCUGGGCACUUGCUCACUUAUGAGUUUGGUGGCAACUACAGAAAAUGGUAUGGCUGUCCACCGCUUAGUCUCUUUGAUGCACCAGUUAUGAAAAUGUGCAAAGAAGAGUCCUAUGAAAAAAUUAAAAAGACUUUAGAAAAGGAGAUCAAAUCUUGUCAAGCUUUGAUAGUAUGGACCGAUUGUGAUAGAGAAGGUGAAAACAUAGGAUUUGAAAUAAUCCAAGUAUGCCAAGCUGUCAAACCAAACAUUAGAGUAUACAGAGCAAAAUUUUCUGAAAUCACUCAGAUUUCCAUCGAAAGAGCCCUUCAAAAUUUAGAAGAACCAAAUAAAAACUUAAGUGAUGCUGUUGAUGUUAGAAGUGAACUAGAUUUGAGGAUAGGCGCUGCUUUUACAAGAUUUCAAACGCUAAGAUUGCAAAAAACAUUUCCCAGAAAUUUAUCUGAUAUGCUUAUCAGUUAUGGCCCAUGCCAGUUUCCUACAUUAGGAUUUGUUGUUGAAAGAUUUCUGGCCAUUCAAAGAUUUGAACCAGAACCUUAUUGGAAAAUAAAAGUGACUCACACUCAAAAUGAUCUCGAGGUUGAAUUCAGGUGGGCUCGUAACAGGUUAUUUGAAAAGCUACCAUGCGAGGUUUUUUUAGACAUUUGCCAAGAAAAUCCACAAGCCACGGUGGAAAAAGUCACUAGCAAGCCAAAAAGCAAGUGGAGACCAUUGCCUCUUGAUACAAUUGAAUUGGAAAAACAGGGUUCCCGAAAACUUAAACUUACCGCAAAGGCAACGAUGCAAAUUGCGGAGAGAUUAUACACACAGGGGUUCAUCAGCUAUCCGCGAACGGAAACCAACAUAUUUCCUAAAGAAAUGAACUUGGUAUCACUAGUUACUCUUCAGACACCUGAGUCUGUCGCUUGGGGUGGGUUUGCUCAACGAUUACUCCAAGAAGGAAUAACUCCAAGGCAGGGAAAAAAAAGCGAUCAGGCUCAUCCACCCAUUCACCCAACCAAGUAUACCGAUUCGUUACAAGGUGACGAAGCACGAGUCUACGAAUUUGUAGUGCGCCACUUUUUGGCAUGCCUAUCGAAGAACGCCGAGGGUUACGAGACGAUCGUUGAAAUCGACAUUGCCGGUGAGAAGUUUCUGACAAACGGCCUGCAAAUAAUCGCGAAAAACUAUCUCGAGGUUUAUAUUUACGAAAAGUGGAGUUCCAAGGAAAUACACAUCUAUGAACGUGGCCAAACCUUCAUGCCGACCUCUAUUGACAUGCUCGAAGAGACAACGUCGCCACCCCAACUACUCACUGAAGCCGAUCUAAUAGCUCUAAUGGACAAACAUGGCAUUGGUACAGAUGCGACCCACGCUGAGCACAUCGAAACCAUCAAGUCGCGACAUUACGUCGGUCUCAAGGAUACAAAGUAUCUUAUACCGGGUAAGCUCGGUAUCGGCCUUGUCAUGGGUUACGACCGAAUGGGCUUCCAAAUGUCCAAACCCCACCUCCGAGCCGAACUCGAGAAUGACCUCAAACUGAUCUGUGAAGGGCACAAGCAACCUGACGAAGUGCGACGACAGACAAUCGAUAAAUAUCGAGAGGUGUUUCGUGAGGCAUUGGUCAAAGCCAACAUGAUCGACGAAGCGCUUGCAGGAUAUUUAGACGAGCAACCCCAACAUUUCGAGCAAGCGGUAAUUCUCGAUCCCGUCGAAGCCCUGCCGAUCCUCAAGUGUCCUAAAUGCGACUCGAACAUGGUUAUCAAGUCAAAGAGACAGGACAACGGCAAGUACAUUGGAUGCGUGGCCUUCCCCACUUGCAAAAAUGUUAUUUGGUUUCCCGAUGCCGUUGAAGACAUUGAAAUCUUGGACGAAACCUGCACCCAGUGCCCAGACAACAUAUUGAAGAAAAUCAAGCUAAAGUUGACGCGCAACGCCUUUCCAGUGUUUGGAACGUCGUAUACCUCCUGCGUGGGUGGUUGCGACGAGAUGUUCAAUAAUCUGUUGGGCAUUCGGCCGCAAACGGUCCGUCGUGCACGGGACUUGCCUGACUCCGGUUACGAGAGCAACGCGACUCGUUCUGCCAGCAACUCUCGGCCCACAAGCGCUAACUCGAACAACAUGCCGAGCCAUCCAAGCAGUCGUAGCAACAGUAGCAAUCGUUCAACGAAUUUUAACAAUAACAACAGUCAUAACAAUAAUCCUACGCCGACGUCGACACCUCGACAGCAAAAUUGGAUUAACGAUUUUUCAAGCUUGCCCAGAUCAGGUGGUAACUCCUCGGGCAAUAGUAGACCGAAUAAUUCUAAUGGCUGGACUAACACGUGGAAUAAUCAGAACACUAAUACCUGGAAUGCAUCGGGUUCUGCAGGCGGCAGUAAUAAGAAUUUCAACACUAAUUUUAAUGGAACCUGUGAACCAGAAUCCGACGAAAUCAUGUGUAAUUGUCAUCAAGUAGCCAAACAACUGACAGUUAGAAAGGAAGGCCCCAAUCAAGGAAGAAUAUUCUAUAAGUGUGCAAAACCCCAAGGAGAGAGUUGUGAUUUCUUUUUAUGGUGUCCAAACUCUACAGGACAGGCAUCGACUAGUGAGUCUGGACCCAAUAAUCGUGGUUUUUCCAAUUCUGCAAGCACAUCCGGUCGUCAAGGAUCAAACUCAAAUAACUGGAACCAGAAUUUUCAAAAUAACAGGCAAAACUUAAGCAAUAAUAACGCUGGUCAAUGGAAUGACAACACAAGUGACUGGAAUGAUGACAACCAAGUCAUGUGUAAAUGCGGGAAUCCUGCGAGACAGUUAACUGUACAGAAAGACGGGUUAAAUAAAGGCAGGCAGUUCUAUAGCUGUCCAAGUGGUGUUAAUAGCUCAUGUGGCUUUUUCCAAUGGGCAGAUACCGUCAGUGGAAACAGCGGUAAUAGUGGAAACAGUAAUAACUGGAAUCCACCAGGGCCAUCGGGGCCGAGUCGCGGGAGGGGUAGAGGUGGUGGUGGUGCUACAGGUGCUGCACCGAAAAAAAGUCGGGCUCCCACGGCUGGGGGAACAAAACGAAAAUGCGGCGUUUGUGGGAUCGAAGGUCACACAAAAAGAACAUGCCCGAACAUUAUGGACUGAUACUUUACAGCUUGUACAGUACACUUA